UAGAGGUGUGUUCAUGGUUAAAGGUUGAUAGGUAUUUUCUGCUGUUUCAGGUGAAGGCUUUUUCAGAAAAGACAGGUGGCCCUCUUUUUGCCGAGGACAUUGUGUUUCGGUUGCCUGGAUUGAAAGGUGGAAAGCUUUGGAAGGAAGAGCAUGAUCUGCUGCUGCUACGAGCAGUGUUAAAGCAUGGUUAUGGAAGAUGGCAGGCAAUUGUUGAUGAUAAGGAGUUGAGGAUUCAAGAGAUCAUCUGUAAAGAGCUCAAUCUUUCCUUCAUAAAUUUACCGGUUCCCGGAGCUUCUCAGCCACAAGUUCCUCCUGCUCCAGGAGCUUCCCAAGAACUUCCUGCUUCAGGAGUUUCCCAAGCUCAAGUUACUGUUCCUGGAGCUUCUCAAGCAGCAAUUGGUGUAAAUACAGCUAAUGCUGAGCCUGCUGGAGCUGCUGGAAGCCAGGUGAAAGCUACUGGUGAUGGGAAUGCCCAUGGGGCUUACCUUUCACAUGGGACAAGCGAUCCUUCAAAUAGACCACAACCUUACCAAGAUCCAUCUUCAUUAUAUCAUUUUAGAGAGAUGCAGAGAAGACAAGUGGAAUUCAUAAAGAAAAGGGUGCUGCUUCUUGAAAAGGGCCUUAAUGCUGAAUAUCAUAAAGAAGCCUUUGGUGAUGAAAAAUCUCAUGAACUCCCUAACGAAGAGAUGGUGUGUGAUACCAAGGCUGCGGAUGAACCAAAUCGAAAUUUUGAUGAAGCCAAUACUGAAAUGAUUGAUCAUUUCCCUAGACUUGUAGCAAUUUCUCCACAGGGAAUCUCUCAAGUUGCUUGUGAUCGUAAACCAGAUCGUUUAGGUGUUGCAGAGCUUUAUAACAAGAUGUGCCAGGUACUUUCUGGAGAUGUCCAAGAUUCAUUAAAUGUGAGUCACCCUUGUAUGAGAAAGAACAUCCUUCCAUUGGAAGCGAUUUGUCAACAGAUGAACCAAAUUCUUUCUUCAUCACAUCAAAAUACUCCUAAUUUCAAGAGGGAACUGGUUCAAGAAAAUAGGGAUUCUGAAGCUAGUAAAUCCAGUAUUCCAGUCCUAUCAUCUCAAGUAGUUAAUAGGGUGCUCAAUACCGAGAAAGAAGAUGACAGUCAUCCAAAAAAUUCAGAAUCUGUAUCCAAGAGUGCUAGCAAUUGUACAGUUGCAAGCAUGGCUGAGAGCAACGAGCACCACAACAUUUCUCCUGCAGAAGUUCCAGAGACUAGACCUAGUGGUUUAUCAACCGGAGAAGCUGAUAUAGAGAUGGUGGAUCAUAGUGACAUUUCCACCACCAAUGUUGACAGAAAAGAAGAAUUAGGUUCUGAGGCUGUUCGUAUAGAUGAUGAUUAAAAGUGAAUCUAUGUAUGUACUUUUGUCUGCUAGCUGCUACAAACACUUAUAAAAAAUGACGGUGACAUUUUUCUUACUCCAAGUUGAUAAACACUGUUGAGGGAGGAGCCUCUGUGUUGUACUCUAUUCUCCCUAAUAUCCCAUGUUUUGAUGGACAUAUUAUAAAAUGAGAAUCAGCAUAGUCAUACUUCAGAGUUCUGGUCUUCUCACAGGUUCUACUGAGUCAUUCUCCGUAUUAUUGCAGUAGAAUGAAACUUCAUGGUUUUUCAGAGAGUUUU